GACAGACUUUUAUGAUUCUCUCUUCAUGUUUUCAUGAGCCACUUCCAAGCCAAUGUGCUGACCCUCACAACAGAUAUUAGACUCCCCUUGAACCUUGCCCUACCGCCAGACAUUCCGAAAAGUUUAGAUUAAAGGUAUAAAUAUGACAGUUGCUACUGGAGACCCAACAGAUGAAGCAGCUUUGCCUGGUCAUCCUCAGGACACCUAUAACCCAGAAGCCGAUCAUGAAUGUUGCGAACGGGUGGUCAUUAACAUCUCAGGACUGCGGUUUGAAACCCAGCUGAAGACACUUGCUCAGUUUCCAGAUACCUUGUUAGGAGAUCCUAAAAAGAGAAUGCGGUAUUUCGAUCCUCUCCGGAAUGAGUAUUUCUUUGACCGAAACCGACCCAGCUUUGAUGCCAUUUUGUACUACUACCAAUCCGGUGGCAGACUGAGGCGGCCUGUUAAUGUGCCCUUAGACAUUUUCUCAGAAGAGAUAAGGUUUUAUGAACUUGGGGAAGAAGCUAUGGAGAUGUUCCGGGAGGAUGAAGGUUACAUCAAAGAAGAAGAACGGCCUUUACCAGAGAAUGAGUUUCAGAGACAAGUUUGGCUGCUGUUUGAGUACCCAGAAAGCUCUGGGCCAGCCAGGAUUAUAGCAAUUGUCUCUGUCAUGGUCAUUUUGAUCUCAAUUGUAAGCUUUUGCCUGGAAACUUUGCCUGUGUUCCGGGAUGAGAACGAAGACAUGCCUGGUAGCAGUCCAAGCCAUUAUUCCAAUAGCACUUUUGGGUCUCAUCAUCAGCAAACCUCUUUUACAGACCCUUUCUUUAUAGUAGAGACUCUCUGCAUAAUUUGGUUCUCUUUUGAAUUCUUGGUGAGAUUCUUUGCCUGCCCCAGCAAAGCUGGGUUUUUUACCAACAUCAUGAACAUCAUUGACAUUGUAGCUAUCAUCCCUUACUUCAUCACGCUUGGAACAGAACUGGCUGAGAAACCAGAAGAUGGCCAACAAGGCCAACAGGCAAUGUCUCUAGCCAUCCUUCGAGUGAUCCGUCUGGUGAGGGUGUUUAGGAUCUUCAAACUCUCCAGACAUUCCAAAGGAUUGCAGAUCCUGGGACAAACCCUUAAGGCCAGCAUGAGGGAACUGGGCCUCUUGAUAUUUUUCCUCUUCAUUGGUGUCAUCCUGUUCUCCAGCGCCGUCUACUUCGCAGAGGCUGAUGAGAGCGAAUCUCAGUUUCCCAGCAUUCCUGAUGCUUUUUGGUGGGCAGUGGUUUCCAUGACAACAGUUGGCUAUGGAGACAUGGUUCCCACCACCAUAGGGGGAAAAAUAGUUGGUUCCUUGUGUGCCAUUGCAGGUGUAUUAACAAUUGCCUUACCAGUGCCGGUUAUAGUGUCCAAUUUCAACUACUUCUAUCACCGUGAGACAGAGGGAGAGGAGCAAGCUCAAUACUUGCAAGUCACCAGCUGCCCAAAGAUCCCUUCUUCCCCUGACCUAAAGAAAAGCAGAAGUGCCUCCACUAUUAGUAAGUCUGAUUAUAUGGAGAUACAAGAAGGUGUGAAUAACAGUAACGAGGACUUUAGAGAGGAGAACUUGAAAACAGCAAAUUGCACCCUAGCUAACACAAACUAUGUUAAUAUAACCAAAAUGCUAACUGACGUCUAGUUAAUUAAAAAAACAACCUAAUAUUUAAGACUCAAGUGGAACAAUUGCAGAUGUUGCAUAAUACCUUGCAUUGUAGUUAAUACAAUAUGUUCUACAACGUGUAUUGGUUCUGCAUGGAAAGCAAUAGUUGUGUAAGUGACUCUUUUUAACAUUUGAUGCUCAAUAAGCUUUCAUGCAAUCUUUUUCCAUUGCAGACUUCUGGGUUUCCAUGGAGCA